AUGGGUCUCCCAAGAGCCAUGCUGACCUUCAUUCUCUGUGGGUUGCUAACUCAGGUGACCAAAGCUGGCUGGGAAGUCAAAAAAUGCUGGAAGAAAAAUAUAGGACACUGCAGACAACGAUGUUUAAAUACAGAAAGGUACAUUCGUCUUUGUCGGAACAAGCUAUCCUGCUGCAUUUCUUUAUUUACAACAGAAGAGUACACCCGAAGGCCAAUACCUCCCUUGUUCCAGAUAGAGGAUAUAACACUUACUUCUGACAACUCAGAGACUUUUUCUGGUUCCCCAGUAUCUAAGUUGAAUGAUAUGGUAACAUUUGUUAGACAUACGUCUACUGAAGAGGUUACUUCGGAAGCUACUUCCCCAUUCGGGGAACCUUCUCGGUUGCCUAUGGUUACAGUUGAUUAA